GGUCGCGUUGUUUACGGCCGAGCCGCGCUUGCUCCGCCGCCCGCCGCCCGCGCCGCCCUCGGUCCCCGGGUCCACAAUCGGCCUUGGAGCGAGCGGGGCCACGAGCCGGGAAGUCCCGGGCGCGCAGCACCGAGCUUCGGGCCUGGAGAUCGCGGGACGGGCCGCGGGCCGCAGGGGUUUGGUGGGGAUCGAGGAGGAGCCCUCGUUUUCUUCGGGCCGCGCCAUUCUGUGAUUAUUUUAUUUUUAUUUUACUUUUGUUUGGGGAGCCUUCGAGGCCGCGCGCCCUUCCCGGGGCUCCCGGGGCUCCCCUACCCCCAGGUACCUUCUCCGCGUGUGCUUUUAUUUUUCGGGGGGAGCUUCAUCCCGAAAGCGUCUCUCAGCUGCUGGCCACGGAGCAUGACCCCCGCGGGAGGGCGCCGCGCGCUCUGAUCGCGGGGGACCCCGCGCCAUGGGUCCCGGGGGUCGGCGGGGGGCGUCGGCCGCGCCGCCGCCACCGCCCCUGUUGCUGCUGGCGGUGGCCGCGCUGUUGGCGGGCGCCGCGGGCCACCUGUACCCCGGAGAGGUGUGUCCAGGCAUGGAUAUUCGGAAUAACCUCACCAGGUUGCAUGAGUUGGAGAAUUGUUCCGUCAUCGAAGGCCAUUUGCAGAUUCUUUUGAUGUUUAAAACGAGACCUGAAGAUUUCCGAGACCUCAGUUUCCCCAAACUCAUCAUGAUCACUGAUUACUUGCUGCUUUUCCGGGUGUAUGGGCUGGAGAGUCUGAAGGACUUGUUCCCCAAUCUCACAGUCAUCCGGGGAUCACGUCUCUUCUUCAAUUACGCUCUGGUGAUCUUCGAGAUGGUUCAUCUCAAGGAACUUGGCCUGUACAAUCUCAUGAACAUCACCCGGGGAUCUGUCCGCAUUGAGAAGAACAACGAGCUCUGCUACUUGGCCACCAUUGACUGGUCCCGAAUCCUGGACUCUGUGGAGGACAAUUAUAUUGUCCUGAACAAGGAUGACAAGGAAGAGUGUGGUGAUAUUUGUCCUGGCACUGGGAAGGGCAAAGCCAACUGCCCUGCCACCGUCAUCAAUGGGCAUUUUGUUGAGCGAUGUUGGACUCAUAGCCACUGCCAGAAAGUGUGCCCGACCAUCUGCAAGUCGCAUGGCUGCACGGCCGACGGCCUGUGCUGUCACAGCGAGUGUCUGGGGAACUGCUCAGCACCUGACGACCCCAGCAAGUGCGUGGCCUGCCGCAACUUCUACCUAGAAGGCCGCUGCGUGCCCAUCUGCCCCCCACCCUACUACCACUUCCAAGACUGGCGCUGCGUCAACUUCAGCUUCUGCCUGGACCUUCACAACAAGUGCAAGAACUCGCGGAGGCCGGGCUGCCACCAGUAUGUGAUCCACGAGGACAAGUGCAUCCCCGAGUGUCCGUCCGGGUACACCAUGAACUCCACCAACUUGAUGUGUACCCCAUGCCUAGGGCCUUGUCCCAAGAUCUGUCAUCUCCUUGAAGGUGAGAAGACAAUUGACUCAGUGACUUCAGCUCAGGAGCUCCGAGGCUGUACGGUUGUCAACGGCAGCCUGAUCAUCAACAUCCGAGGAGGCAACAACCUGGCGGCUGAGCUCGAGGCCAACCUUGGCCUCAUAGAGGAAAUUUCUGGGUACCUAAAAAUUCGGCGCUCCUACGCACUCGUCUCCCUGUCCUUCUUCCGGAAGCUGCGUCUGAUUCGAGGGGAGACCUUGGAAGUAGGGAAUUACUCCUUCUAUGCGCUGGACAACCAGAAUCUGAGGCAACUCUGGGACUGGAGCAAGCACAACCUCACCAUCAUUCAUGGGAAACUCUUCUUCCACUAUAACCCCAAACUUUGCUUGUCCGAAAUUCACAAGAUGGAAGAAGUUUCUGGAACCAAGGGGCGCCAGGAGAGAAAUGACAUCGCCCUAAAGACCAAUGGGGACCAGGCCUCCUGUGAAAAUGAAUUACUUAAGUUUUCCUUCAUCCGCACAUCAUCUGACAAGAUUAUGCUGAGGUGGGAGCCCUACUGGCCCCCCGAUUUCCGAGACCUCUUGGGGUUCAUGCUCUUCUACAAAGAAGCUCCUUACCAGAACGUGACAGAGUUUGAUGGACAGGACGCCUGUGGCUCCAACAGCUGGACGGUGGUGGACAUUGACCCGCCCCAAAGAUCCAACGACCCCAAGUCCCAGAAACACCCUGGCUGGCUGAUGCGUGGCCUCAAACCCUGGACCCAGUACGCCAUCUUUGUCAAAACCCUGGUCACCUUUUCUGAUGAACGCCGGACCUAUGGGGCCAAGAGCGACAUCAUCUAUGUGCAAACAGAUGCCACCAACCCUUCUGUCCCUCUGGACCCCAUCUCUGUUUCCAACUCCUCAUCCCAGAUCAUUUUGAAGUGGAAGCCCCCAUCGGACCCCAAUGGCAACAUCACGCACUACCUAGUGUAUUGGCAGAGGCAGGUGGAAGACAGUGAGCUCUUCGAGCUGGAUUACUGCCUCAAAGGGUUGAAGUUACCCUCCAGGAUGUGGUCCCCACCAUUUGAGUCCAAGGACUCUCAGAAGAACAACCAGAGUGAGUAUGACGACGCGGCCAGUGAGUGCUGCUCUUGUCCCAAGACCGACUCUCAGAUCUUGAAGGAGCUAGAAGAGUCCUCCUUCCGGAAGACCUUCGAGGACUACCUGCACAACGUGGUGUUUGUCCCCAGAAAAGCCUCUUCAGGCAAUGGUGUAGAAGAUUCUAGGCCAUCGAGGAAGCGCAGGUCUCUCGGAGAUGUGGUGAAUGUGACUAUGAUGGCGCCCGUCAUCCCGAUUUUCCCCAACGUCUCUUCCACCGUCGUGCCCACCACCCAGGAGCCGCCCAGGCCCUUUGAGAAGGUUGUGAACAAGGAGUCGCUGGUCAUCUCCGGCCUGCGGCACUUCACUGGCUAUCGCAUCGAGUUGCAGGCCUGCAACCAAGACGCCCCGGAGGAGAGGUGCAGCGUGGCCGCCUAUGUCAGCGCCAGGACCAUGCCUGAAGCCAAAGCGGAUGACAUCGUCGGCCCCGUCACCCACGAAAUCUUCGAGAACAACGUUGUGCACUUGACCUGGCAGGAGCCCAAGGAGCCCAACGGCCUGAUCGUGCUCUACGAAGUUAGCUACCGGCGGUACGGCGACGAGGAGCUUCACCUCUGUGUCUCCCGAAAGCAUUUCUCCCUGGAGCGGGGAUGCCGGCUGCGAGGGCUCCCUCCUGGCAACUACAGUGUGCGCAUCCGGGCCACCUCGUUAGCUGGCAAUGGAUCCUGGACUGAACCCACUUAUUUCUAUGUAACAGAUUAUUUAGACGUCCCAUCCAACCUUGCGAAAAUCAUCAUUGGCCCACUCAUCUUUGUCUUCCUUUUCAGUGGUGUGAUUGGAAGCAUUUACCUGUUCCUCAGAAAGAGGCAGCCGGAUGGGCCAAUGGGACCAUUAUAUGCUUCUUCAAAUCCUGAAUAUCUCAGUGCCAGUGAUGUGUUUCCAUGUUCUGUGUACGUGCCGGAUGAAUGGGAGGUGCCCCGCGACAAGAUCACGCUUCUGCGGGAGCUGGGCCAGGGCUCCUUCGGCAUGGUAUACGAGGGCAAUGCCAAGGACAUCAUCAAGGGCGAGGCGGAGACCCGCGUGGCAGUGAAGACAGUCAACGAGGCGGCCAGUCUGCGGGAGCGCAUCGAGUUCCUCAACGAGGCCUCGGUCAUGAAGGGCUUCACCUGCCACCACGUGGUCCGCCUCCUGGGCGUGGUGUCCAAGGGCCAGCCCACACUGGUGGUGAUGGAACUGAUGGCUCAAGGAGACUUGAAGAGCUACCUCCGAUCUCUGAGGCCAGAUGCUGAGAACAACCCUGGUCGCCCACCCCCUACCCUGCAAGAGAUGAUUCAGAUGGCAGGAGAGAUUGCUGAUGGCAUGGCUUACCUGAAUGCCAAGAAGUUUGUGCAUCGAGACCUGGCUGCACGAAACUGCAUGGUUGCCCACGAUUUUACUGUCAAAAUUGGAGACUUUGGAAUGACCAGAGACAUCUACGAAAUGGAUUACUAUCGGAAGGGGGGCAAGGGCCUGUUGCCUGUGCGGUGGAUGGCACCCGAGUCCCUGAAGGAUGGUGUCUUCACUGCUUCUUCUGAUAUGUGGUCUUUUGGUGUGGUCCUCUGGGAAAUCACCAGUUUAGCAGAACAGCCUUACCAAGGCCUGUCUAAUGAACAAGUUUUGAAAUUCGUCAUGGACGGAGGGUACCUAGAUCAGCCUGACAAUUGUCCGGAGAGAGUCACCAACUUGAUGCACAUGUGUUGGCAAUUCAACCCCAAAAUGCGACCGACCUUCCUGGAGAUCGUUAACCUGCUCAAGGAUGACCUGCACCCUAGCUUUCCAGAAGUUUCUUUUUUCCACAGCGAGGAGAACAAAGGUCCAGAGAAUGAGGAGCUGGAGAUGGAGUUUGAGGGGGACAUGGAAAAUGUACCCUUGGAUCGGUCCUCGCACUGUCAGAGGGAGGAGGCCGGGGCCCGGGAGGGCGGAGGGUCCUCCCUGGGGCUGAAGCGGAGUUAUGAAGAGCAUAUCCCUUACACCCACAUGAAUGGAGGCAAGAAGAAUGGGAGGAUUCUGACUCUGCCCAGAUCAAAUCCUUCCUAACAGUGCCAGAAAAGGGGGGGGGAGGGGAGCAGGGGCGCCCAUUCGCCAUGACCUCUGGGUUUGACGCCUCCAGAAACCUCAGGAUUCUCCUAACUCUGCCCCCUGUGACCCAGGGCUCAGAGAUCGCUGGGAAGCGUUUUUUCUAUUCCUCUUUUUGAUUGCUGCCUGCGGGGAGGGGGGGGGGGGAGCGAACUCUGAGCCCAGAGACAGUGUGUGUGGGGGAGGUUCCCACAGCUGCUGCCCUUUUUUGGCCUCCACAAUUUCAAACCAGGAUUUUCUUCUUCUUUCUCUGGUGUUUUUCUAGUAGAUGAAAAGAAAACUUCUGUUUUUGUUUUCUUUUACAUUUUUUCCCCUCUUUCUUCUUAGCUAGUGUCUGAGCUUAUACCAUAAGAGAUAAACUGUGUUUGUGAAACAGAUGUUUGCAAGCAAAACAAAAAAAAAAAAAAAAAAAAAAAGAAAGAGAAACAACAACUGUUCCAGGAGAAUUCCAAACUUUGCAGGGUGGGGCCUUUAAGAAGGAUUUAAUUUUAUUAUUAUUAUUAUUAUUAUUAUUAUUAUUAAUUAUUUGUGUGUCUUGUUCACAAAAUCAAGUUCCUCAAGUUGACCAAUAGCUGCUGCUCUUUUGCUCUUUUCUGACUUUUGACAGAAGGAGGUGACAUCCUGGCACGUGGGCACAGCAUGCACGCAUGCACACACAUGCAUCCGUGUAAUUUAUGCAGUGUUUCUGUGCACGAGUCUGCGUGGAUGUGCCCAGUGUGUCCAGGCUAGGGCACUCUGCGCAUGUUCAAGAGAGUUUCAAACUGGGUGGCCCGGCUUUUGGAAAUGAGGUUUUUCAGGCAGGGUUGUGUCUUGGCCAGUUAGAAGCUGGUGUCCAUCACCUCCGCUUUCUUCUUUACUGGUACAGUGUGACCUCUACACUUCCUUCUGGAAGUCUUGCCACAGGUAUCUUUUCUCCCCCUGGGUGACAAAAAAUGGGUUUGGAAGGAAAUGAAGAAAAGCUUGGAUUGAUCAGAAGACCAAACCAAGUCAAAACAAAAACAACAAAAUUAAUCAUCAAAAGAGGAAGAAAAAGGAAAGGAAAAAAAAGA